GACCUCUGCCUCACCUUCAUCCUCCAGUGCACCGUCGUGUGCUGUGAUUGGUCCGUGUGCCUCGCCAGGGUCAUGCUGGCCUGCGAAUGUGUUACUCAUGCACACGCCCACAGGAGGACAAAUGUUUUGUGAGGUCAUUGUCUUAACGCGCUGCUGCUGCAGUCAUAACGUGACGCAUCAAUUAGCAUCUCAUGGCAGCCUGCCUGACACAUUUACACUCAGCAGCAACAUCUGUGACACUUUAUUACUAGCUAGCCUAGCAACCAGGGCUAAAAGUGUCAACUAACUGAGGGUUGGAUGAGGAUAUCUGCUCCUUUUCCACAUCAUCUCCAUUACAUCACUUUAGUCUUACAUUAAAAACACAGGAUAGAGGUCACACAUCUUACUGGAUAUGCAGCAUCUCUCUCUCUCUCUCUCUCUCUGCAGAGCUGCUGAAGUGGCAGUUUGUCUUCUCUCUGACUAAUAGCAACAAUUCAACUGCACGUGGCUCCGCCUCCCUGCACAGCCAAGGUUACUAGAGAGGAAUGGAGGGUGGAUGAAGUCUUCUACACUCUUAACGUCCCCCUUCAGGUGGAACACUGGUACGAAGGAGCGUAUGCUGAUCAAGGUGACGGACAGGGAGCCCAGCUUCUUGGCCCACCAGGGUAACGGAUACUCCCCCUGCGAUCCCCCCACACCAGGAGCUCUGUCGGGAGGGGGCACAGCUUCGCGAGCCCGCCGUUCCUCCGGAGGCAACCCGCCCUCGGAGGCUGAUAGUUCCCCCGUCCUUUACGCUGAGCGCCGCCACUCUCCCUUCCUGAAGCGGGCAGAACUGGGCGGCACGCAGCGCCGCUCGUCCGCUGACUCACAGCCGUCGUCGCCGCGCUACGCAUAUGAGCCGCCGCUAUAUGAGGAGCCGCCCUCUGAGUAUCAGCCCCCACCCAUCUACGAGGAGCCUCCCACCGACAUUCACCUGUCCGACUCCUCCUUCUACGGCACCGGCAAGUCACCCACUCGUAAGACUUCAGCACCGCUCUACCACUCCCCCAAGCAGUCCCCCUAUGGCCAGCUGGUUCUGACCCGCCAGAAGUGUCCAGAAAAGACACAGAGUCUAGAGUACAGUCCUGUGGGCAAGGAGUAUGUCAAGCAGCUGGUGUACGUGGAGCAGUCAUCCUCCAGUCCCCGCUUCAAGACUGCCGACCGCAUGCUGCGUUAUGGCACACAGGGGGGCUACGGCGGCGCUUACGGGGGAUCCUACACCCUGCAGCACAGCCAGUCUCUGAUCAGGGACCCCCGCCUGCUGCUGGACUACAGCGGUGAGGGCGGCGAGGGAGCGCAGAGGCUGCUUUAUGAGGACUCGGUAUCUUGGUCAUCCAGCCACACCCACUCCCUGUCCUCGUCCUGCGCCGGCCCCUUCUCUCCCGGUGGAAACCGCAAACGGAAGAGCCGCAAGCCGUCUCUCCCACAGGAGCUGGCCCGCUGCGGCGGCCCCGACGGGGACCUGGCAGGCACGGCGUCCGAGGCUAUGCUGGCCCAGGCCCGGCUGGCGUGGGAGGCGCAGCAGGUGAUGAAGCAGAGGAGCAGCUGGGACUCGGGCCAGGGAGGGGGCGCCCAGGGUUCCAAGGACGGCUAUGAGAGCGACGGUGCCGUGCCUCCGCCCCUGCCGGGCCCCGUGGUUAGGGCCUUCAGCGAGGAUGAGGCACUGGCCCAGAGUGACGGCCACCACUGGAAACGCAGCACCUUCGAGAGGCUGGGCUUCCCUCAGGCCCUCCUGGAAAAAAGCCUCUCGGUCCAGACCAGCCUGGCGUCCCCCGAGCCCUACCUGCACCCCUCACAGUCGGAGGACCUCGGCGCCUGCGCCCAGUUUGAGGCCAGCCGCAACGCCAGGAACAUGAUGCCGAGUGCCAGCUGUGGCGUUUUCCCAGAAUUCACCUUGAGAAAGCCCUCGUCUGAGACAGACAUCGAGAACUGGGCAUCUAAGCACUUCAACAAACACACGCAGGGUCUGUUCAGAAGAAAGGUGUCCAUUGCCAACAUGCUGGCGUGGAGCAGUGAGCCCAUCAAGAAGCCAAUGAUAGUCACCUCAGACCGCAGCGUCAAGAAGGAGGCGGUGGACAUCUUCAAGCUCAUACAGACCUACAUGGGGGACCGGCGCGCCAAAGCUGACCCCCUUUGUGUGGCCCUGGAGGUGGUGGUCCGCGGGUGGAGCAACCAGGGUUUGCGUGAUGAGCUCUACAUCCAGCUGUGCCGGCAAACCACAGAGAACUUCCGCUAUGACAGCCUGGAGCGCGGAUGGGAGCUGAUGGCGGUCUGCCUGGCCUUCUUCCCCCCCACCCCGCGCUUCCACAACUACCUGGAGGGCUACAUCUGCCGACACAUGGACCCCCUCAACGACACCAAGGGAGUGGCCAUCAGCAGCUACGCUAAACACUGCUACAGGAAGCUGACCAAAGCGGCUCUGACCGGUGCAAAGAAGGGUCUGCAGAAGCCAUGCCUGGAGGAAAUCCAACACGCCAGGAACGCCAUCUUCAGUCCCUCCAUGUUCGGCUCAUCCCUGGAGGAGGUCAUGGCUUUGCAGAAGGAACGCUACCCGGAUCACCAGCUACCCUGGGUCCAGACCCGCCUGUCCGAGGAGGUUCUGGGUCUCAACGGGGACCAGACAGAGGGCAUCUUCAGGGUACCAGGAGACAUUGAUGAAGUGAACGCCCUCAAGCUGCAGGUGGACCAGUGGAAAAUCCCAACAGGACUGGAAGACCCCCACAUUCCAGCGUCCCUGCUCAAGUUCUGGUACCGUGAGCUGGAGGAGCCGCUCAUUCCUCAUGAGUUCUAUGAUGAGUGCAUCAAGCACUACGACAACGCAGAGGCAGCCGUCAAUGUGGUGCUGGGUCUGCCGCACAUCAACAAGCUGGUGCUCUGCUACCUCAUCCGCUUCCUGCAGGUGUUUGCGCAGCCCGCCAAUGUGUCCAUCACUAAGAUGGAUGUCAACAACCUGGCCAUGGUGAUGGCCCCCAACUGUCUACGCUGCCAGUCGGACGACCCCAGGGUGAUCUUUGAGAACACUCGCAAAGAGAUGUCCUUCAUCCGUGUCCUCAUCCAGCGGCUGGACACCAGCUUCAUGGACGGAAUCCUAUAGCCCCACCCCCUCCCAGAUGAAGUUGUUGGCCUGACAAAAACAGUAUGUGGACUUAGCGGGUCACGUGACUGCGGUACCCCACGUGCCUUCACGUACGUGCAUAGACCAGGACCAUAGGCCUGCAGGGAUCUCAUCCUCCUCUCUGGUCAUGUGACUCGCCCCGGCAGCUAAGGCUCACUGCCGCCAAUCGGCCAUGGCCCCGCCCACAUGCCAUUACCCUGCCCACUACUGAUUUGUGAAUGUGUCUGUAUGUGUCAUUGUUUAUGAUUGUGCUUUGUUAAUUUAUUUAAUUAACAUGUUUUGUUUUUUUACUUUGUAAUUUAUUUGGUAUUUAUUUGACACCUACUUGUCGAUGCCAUGAAUGUGUUCACAUGUGAACGAGUGUGUGGUGCUCACACACGUGCACUAGUGUGUGUGCAAUGAUGUAGUCUAAGUGUACAUUGACUGUACAGACAAUGUAAAAAAAAAACAAAACAAAAAAAACCCUCUAGACAAAUGUGCUGUGAACGUAACACUAACAAGGUUUUUGUUGUUUCUCUGCAAAGCCGGCACAGGCUCCCCCUAGGGGUGACGCCCUGCUGGGCUCCUGGUGCUGCUCAUAAACAGGCCACUAGAGGGCGCCACGCUGGGAGCGUUCAGACCAAUCUGCUUGAAAAAAAAAACCUGAAAAAAAUUGUAAUAACAUUAAGGUUGGUUCAAUCAGUUUUUGGUGCAAAAUGACAUUUUGUUGCAUUUGACGUGAACGUGUCUUUUAAAGGUGGCUGCAACCAAUCAGCAUGCAGACAGUGUUACCACUUCAGCUUGACAUCAAGGAAAGAAACUUGACACAAAUGUUCCCAUAUUUAAAAAUAGAAAAGAGUCGACUGAAACUAAGCUCAUUUUGAAUUUGGACAUUUUUUUUUUCUACUUGUUGCUUUCACAGUGAGAGCUAUGAUGAAGAUGAAGGGUGAGGAAGCCAUGUAUGUUUUCAGUUGUUUGUGUCACCGUCUCUCGCUGUGUCUGAGAAAAGACUGACAGUGUUUAAUAAAAGACUCAUACUGA